AUGGAAAGAACUACAAGCUCAUCUAUUGCUGAGAGAAUAGAAAUCUCCGAUGAAGAUAAAAAAAGCAACGGAAGUAGUGAGAAUCAAACCAACACUUGCUCUCCCUUAUCUUCUCGGAAGUUGUCAUGCUUUGACUUAAACGAGGCAGCCAUCGAUGAUGAGGAGGAUGAUAGUACAAGCGGUGGCCCCGGUGAGCAAUUUGAUGAUCCGGAUGGGAUGUCACCGGAAGGUGAUUCAAGUAGCAACAACACAACUGUGGAUGGAAACGAGCGGAAUGCUACAGUUAGGCAAUAUGUUAGGUCUAAAAUGCCCAGGCUCCGGUGGACUCCUGAUCUCCAUCUAGCUUUUGUGCAUGCUAUUGAAAAGCUUGGUGGCCAAGAAAGAGCAACUCCUAAAUUAGUUCUUGAGUUGAUGGAUGUGAGAGGACUUAGCAUUGCUCAUGUGAAGAGUCAUUUGCAGAUGUUCCGAAGUAAGAAGCUGGAUGAAUCUGGGCAAGUUUUACGUCAAUCAAGUAGAUUUGUGCAUGGAAGGGAUGAUCACAUUAUGGAAAUGUACCAGAGAUUCAAUCCUUAUGGACAAUUACUAAUGGAGGACAAAAGCCAAUUGAUGUCUCAAGUGGUCAAAGAGCCAUUUGAUUUCAGAGCAUACUCUCCAAGGGAUGCAAUAACUGGUAAUAAUGGACCAAUAAGAUGUAGUCGAUUUCUUGAAGAGAAGAGAUGGCCUCCACGCGAAAUGAUUGGAAAUCAUGGAAAAGGAUUUUUUAAAUUUUCUAGUGAUGGAACUAAGUUUGAAGUUAUGUCAAACAAAAUAAAUCCCAAGCCAAUGCCAAUCAGUAGUACUGGUAGCUAUGGUACCACUCAACCUUCCAUAUGGAACACUGGAGCAGCCACCACCAUCAAGCAAUUUCCAUCCAACACAUGCAAUCCCAUGUUCUUCUCCAAUAGGUUUGAACCUGAUCUCCCAUUUCACCGUAAGCUACAAGAAAAUCAACCCACAUCUAUGAAUAAUGAAGUAGUGUUUCAAACAGAAAAGAACACCAGAGGGGAUUGGUUCCCAAAUUUAAAGUUGAGUUUGAGCCACGAUCACUUUGAAAAAGGUGACAAGAUGAAUAAUGAUCAUCACAGAGGAAACGAUAUCAACACGGUGCUUUCUCUUUCUUUAUCUUCCACUUUGUCAAGACAACUAGCACAAUCUAGUGGAAAACAAAAAGGGAUUACAAAUUUCUGA